CUUUCAGUUUGUAGUGUCUGAUUCUGGUGAUUAUGAAAUUCAUGCCAUGGACCCUGAUGUGCUUGUGGACUGGGAUUUGAUAGAACAAGUGCGAAUCUUAAGCCAUGAGGUGCCAUCAUGCCCCAUCUGUUUAUAUCCCCCUGUUGCAGCUAAGAUAACCCGAUGUGGCCAUAUCUACUGCUGGUCUUGUAUCCUUCAUUACUUAAGUCUGAGCGACAACUCUUGGCACAAGUGUCCCAUUUGUUUUGAAGCUGUCUAUAAAAAUAACUUGAAGAGUGUUGUUGCCAUGGAAUCACACCCAUUUUCAGUUGGUGAUACUAUCACCAUGAGGCUUAUGAAGCGAGCUAAGAACUCUGUGCUUGCUAUUCCUAAAGCCCAAUGGGACGAGAGGGAAUUAAAGCCAUUUGGAAUCAAUGAUGAGGUAGAUACACGUUAUGCAAAACUACUGCUGGCCUCUCCUGAUGAAGUUUUAAAACAGAUCAUUGAACCUGAAGAGACAGCAUUGAGUACACAGCUUGUGGAAGCCAAAUGUGAACAGCUGGAGGAAGUUUGUUACAUUGAAGUUGCACUGGAAGAAAUUAAGGCUCGUCGUGAAAAACUGAGUAAAUCAAAGGAUUGUGUUGAAGAAGUGAGAAGCCUCAUGGAGAGUUCACUGCAGUAUGAGGAAGACAAUAAAAAAGAUGUCAAAGAAGUUACCAGCUGGAAAGUACUUUCUCCAGGGGCAUUUCAGGAUGUUGGCGAGUAUGAGGCAGCCUUCUCUGAUGAAGAAGAUGGAACAGUGGAGGGUGAAAAACAGAAGUCAAAUUUUGAUGUGAUUGAUUCAUUAUCCAAAGAAACAUGCGAAACAACAGAGGUGGUAGAAGAUUUUGAUAAUGUCACUUACCUUAGGAGAGCGCGACAGCACAGCAGUGAGAGUACAUCAGGAGAUUCUAGUUCAGAGUCUUCAAGACCUUUAUCUCCUGGGGCUGUUACAACUCAGCACUACUACUUCUAUCAAGCUGAUGAUGGCCAGAAUGUAUUCUUGAGCUCUAUUAAUGCACGCUGCUUGAUUAAGGAGUAUGGGAGUCUGGAGUAUUGUCCAGAAUAUAUUACAGGAGAGAUUGUGGAAAUGCAAGCUUUGACCCAGAAUGAGGCUCUUCGUAAGCAGUUCCGAUACAUGAGCCAUCUUCCUUUAACCUGUGAGUUUGUUAUCUGUGAACUGGACAUCAAACCACCUGUUGUGUCACGCCACACUCUCAAUUUCUUCCGAGAGGAGCUUCAACGUCGAAGACAGCAGAGGCAGAAGAAGUUAAGGAUGGAGAAGAAGAGGGAGCAUAAAAUUUCAUCCAGUGACAAUUGUUCAUACAGCUCAGGAAGAUUUACUAGUGAAUCAGUGGCUCCUGAACGCUUAAAUCUUGGCAGUGAGUCAGAGUUCCCGGCUCAGCACGGGCCAUUGGCAUUCUCUCCACCCGGUAACUCGUCACCUAGCCCAUUCAUGCAGUUUGCAGCUUCCAUGGCUGGUCAAGAUGAAGGUUAUGCUGCAGCAGGAGAAACAGAUGGAGCCAAUUUGCAAGAUGAUCUGGGACCAAACCCUCCAUCUUUUGCUGAGGCACUGAGGUCCAAGAAGGCUGUUGAUAUUCCGAAACGCGUGGAGAAGCCUACUCUAUCAGCAUCAGCGAGGAAGAAGAUGGAAGACGAGGACGAGGAGGACUGUGCGCCAGUGCCUACUUUUCAGUCUGCCUUCACCGAGGCUCUGGUCGCAGCUGACUGGACCAGAAGUGGCUUUUACCAGGAAAGUCAAGGCGCUACAGGGGAACGGAACAGUGGAAAGAAGCAAAAGAAAAGCAAAAAGAAACUUCUCUUUACUACAGGAAGUUUCAUGAAGUACACUUAAAAAACAGUUUGAAUUUACUCUCGAAGCGGUCGGUGUGUUCACGCAGAUCUUUGAUGUAGGAUAAAUUUGAUCGUAAGAAUUGUAUGAUAGAGGCUAGGCCUGUAGAAUGAAUCUCAGCCACGAGCGUAUACUGUAUUCAUCGUUUAAAAAAACGUUUGUCGAUAAUAAAACAGUUACUAGAGA